GCCCAGCAAGUUGGCAGCCGCGUUUGCCCAGCUUCUGGGUCUUGGCCACACUAACCACACUAAUUCUUUUCCUAAAAAUUCCUUCCAAAGAAAGUCACGUGCUCUUGGUUUUCCAGAUAUAAUUUUUUAAUUUUAAAAAAUGAAGCAGACUGAUAAGAAGAACGCCCCCAAGGCCAAAUCGAAGGCCGCAGAGCCGGCGAAGAAAGGCCAAGCUAAGGCGGCCACUGCAGAGACCGCAGCUCCUGCGAAAUCUUCUGUCCCUGUGGUGUCUUCGAAAAAAGUGGCCAAGGCUCCGGCCGUGGCUCUGAAGAAUCUCGAGUUGGCCAUGAAGGAGACGGCUAAAAAGAACCUUGAAAAAGCCGCCUCUUCGGCCAAGAAAGCAGCGGAAUCUUCUGGCAAGAAGUCAGGCGCAGCUUCGGAAACUUCGGUGCCUAAUAAAAAGAGACUUGCACCUCCGGCAAAGAAAGCCGGUGCUCCAGCUCCAAAAAAGGCAUCCCCCGUUGAGCCGCCCAAGAAGAUUACUCCUCCAGCCCCAAAACCCGAAAAGAAGGAAGUCUUAGCACCCAAAGCGGAAACGGAUGCUGAAAUUACUGGAAAAAAGACUGCUGCCUCGACCAAACCAAAGCCCAAGCCGAAACGCCCGAAGAAUGUGCUGCGCGGAAAAAAGUUGCCCAAAAAGAAGGUCUGGGAACGCUUCGUCAUCGAUUGCGACCUCGUGGCCGAGGACAUGAUUCUGGAUGUCGCCGACUUCGAGAAGUAUUUGAAGACCCACGUCAAGGUGAAGAACAAGAUCAACCAGCUGAACGACCUGGUGACCUUCGAGAGGGUCAAGAACUCCGCGUUGGUUAUCCACAGUGGGGUACACUUCUCGAAGAGAUACUUCAAGUACCUGACCAAGCGCUAUCUCAAGAAGCACAGUCUGCGCGAUUGGGUCCGAAUUGUGUCCACUGGCAAGGACACCUUCUCCAUGUGCUACUUCAAGAUCCAAGGAGAGGACGAUGACGACGAGGAUGAUGCCAAAGCUGAGGCAAAGGCCAAAAAAUAAUCAUACAUUUCAAAAGCAUGCAUAACAUCCUCAUAAGAAAGCAAUUCUUUAAAAAUCAUUCAGUAAACUUAUGUUUAACCUUUAUCUGAUUCUUAAAAGGCUGUACUAUUUUUCAAAGAUUUUUGAUGCCCAAAAACGUAUAUUGAAUUAUUAAGUGUUGAGGUACUUUGUACUUUUCACUCAUUCCAUCAAAACUUAUACAAAUUGUUUUUCCUAAAACAUAAAUUUCAAAAUAUGUACAUCUUGUAUUUUGAACUUCUCACAUAUUCCAUCAAAACUGAAAUAA